AUGUCUACUUGUGUGAUCCAAGAAUCGCAUGAUGUGAGUUUCAUCACGCUCGAGGCCCUGCCUCGCCAGCAUUCAGAUGCAGAUUUAACGCCAAGCCAUCCCCCCGAUGGGUUCCCGGUGUUGGAAAGGUGGAACCAGAAUCGUCUCAACAUGUAUCGAACAUUUGCGACGUUCUGGUGUUUUCUCGUGAUGGGGGCCAAUGAUGCUGCUUAUGGUGCCAUAAUCCCAUAUCUGGAAUCAUAUUACCACCUCUCCUAUACGAUAGUGUCUCUCGUUUUCUUGUCGCCUCUGGUAGGCUACACGGUCGCGGCCUUUCUCAACCAGCGCAUUCACAACACCUUUGGACAGCGCGGUGUCGCCCUUCUCGGGUCAGGGUGCCAUCUCCUGGCCUACGUGAUCAACUCUGUUCACCCACCAUAUCCAGUACUCGUUGUCUCUUUUAUCUUUGCAGGAUUGGGGAACGGCGUUGAAGACGCAGCCUGGAAUGCAUGGAUUGGUAACAUGGCCAAUGCAAACGAGGUGCUGGGGUUUCUGCAUGGAAUUUACGGGGCUGGGGCAGUCGUUAGUCCGUUGAUUGCAACCUCGAUGAUUGCGAAAGGUGGCCUGCCGUGGUAUUAUUUCUAUUAUGUCAUGGUUGGGUGUGCGGCCAUCGAACUCGUCGUUUCCAGCGCCUGCUUCUGGAAAUCCACCGCUGCCGAAUUCCGGGCGGCGAACAGACAGUCGGUUGAGGAAAAUAAAAAGGGUGGCCUCAGGGAUGCACUCUUUAAACGUCCAUCGGCCCGGGUCACAUGGCUUUGUGCCUUGUUCCUGCUGGGCUAUGUCGGUGUCGAGGUCGCCCUCGGAGGGUGGAUUGUUACCUUCAUGAUUCGAGUCCGACAAGGAGGUGCUUUUGCUAGCGGCAUGACCGCCACCGGGUUCUGGCUCGGCAUCACAGUGGGACGAGUGAUCCUGGGGUUCGUGACGCCCCGGGUGGGUGAAAAGAUUGCCAUCUCGGGGUACAUUGUUUGUUCGAUGGCCUUUGGUCUCGUUCUGUGGCUCGUUCCCCAAUUCUAUGCCUCGGCCGUGGCAGUCUCCUUGCAAGGUUUCUUCCUGGGACCUCUCUUCCCAGGUGCUAUUGUGAUGCUCACCAAGCUUCUACCCCGACACAUGCAUGUCACGUCGAUUGGGUUCGUGGCCGCGUUUGGGGGCAGUGGAGCAGCAAUUCUCCCUUUUGCGGUGGGUGUACUGGCACAAGCCAAAGGAGUCAAGGUGCUGCAGCCGUUCAUCAUUGCCCUGUCAGGUGCCAUCCUGAUUACAUGGCUGGGACUGCCGCGGGUGAAGUUCAGCAGCGAGUAA